AUGUGAUGUUUGUUGCAGCCAUGGACCACAUGGACCACAGCAGCAUGGCGAUGGACCACAGCCACCACCAACACAACACCGUGGCCACGCCCACAACUGGCCACGACCACGGCGGUGACCACGGGGGGGACCACGGCGGGGGAGGGGGGGACGGAGGGGACCAUGGAGGACACGGGGGGAUGGCGAUGACCUUCUAUUUCGGCUACAACAACGUGGAGCUGCUGUUCACCGGGCUGCUCAUCAACUCCCCCGGAGAGAUGGUGGGGGCGUGUAUCGGAGUCUUCCUAUUGGCUGUGCUGUACGAGGGGCUGAAGAUGGGCCGGGAGUCUCUGCUGCGCCGUAGUCAGGUCAACGUCCGCUACAACUCGAUGCCCCUCCCCGGGGCAGAUGGUACGGUCCUCAUGGAGACGCACAAGACCGUCGGGCAGCGGAUGCUAAGCCCCGCCCACUUCCUGCAGACGCUGCUGCACAUCCUGCAGGUGGUGGUGAGCUACUUCCUGAUGCUCGUCUUCAUGACCUACAACGCCUACCUCUGCAUCGCCGUGGCGGCCGGUGCCGGCAUGGGCUACUUCCUGUUCAGCUGGCGGAAGGCCGUGGUCGUCGACAUCACCGAGCACUGCCACUAGCUAGCGUUUAGCUAGUUAGCAUCCGGUCUGAGGGGUUUGAUUUCUGCUGAUCACAAUCAAUGAAACGCUAACGGUUAGCACGCUAGCUGGCCUGGAACUACAAAUCCCAGAGCGUUAGCAGCAAAUUGAGUUAGCGCAGAAGACGAGGCCCUAAACACUAACGUCUGUAGUUAGCGAUUCCUAAAUCCAAACACUUGUUGUCGACUUCUUUAGUUGUUUUUUGUGAACUCCUGUUGGUGGGCGAGCCGGCCAAUCACAGCUCGGAUCAUCUCAGACGGUUCUGAUUGGCCAAAUCCUGUCAAACUGUCUUAUUUCCUUUUUAGUGCCAUGACGACUAGAAGGUUAGCACUCGCUGCUGCUAGCCAACAUGUUAGCAUCCGUAGCUCUUCUGUAGUUAGCAUAGUUAGCAU